GGAAGCUUUCAGAUGUCACAGGGUUGUAGAUAACAUUUGAACAUAUGAUUAGCUUUCGAGAGCUGUCUUUAGAAACCUUACAUUUUUUCCCCCACACACCUUAGCCAGAGAUCCUUCCCUUGAGGUUUCGGGACACUUAAAAUGUUGCUUUGCCAAAAAUCAAGGAUGUGGAGAAGGUUUUCCUGUGUGAUGUCAUUUUGCUGCCCUUUAUAAGCCUCUGCAGGGAAGAAGGGAACCUAUCUGAGGAUCCGCACUCGGGCACGAGGGCGAGCGAGGAGCGCGGAGGUGAAUCCAGCUGCAGAUCCCGACCAACCAUGGAACAGCGAUCCCUGCCACCCUGCAGCUCCCUGCUCCUGGUGCUCUGCAGCCUGAGGGCUACCUUUGCCUUCCCCAACUCCUCUCCACUGCUGAAUCCCAGCUGGGGGAACGGGGACCGCCUGAUGCACCUCUACACGGACACGGAGAGGAGCAGCUUCCACCUCCAAAUCAACGCCGACGGCUACGUCGAUGGUGCCCCUCACCAAACCAUCUACAGUGCCCUGAUGAUCAGGUCUGAGGGUGCUGGCUCAGUAAUAAUCACAGGGGUGAAGAGUGGACGUUACCUGUGCAUGGACAUGAAAGGAAACAUAUUUGGCUCGCAUUACUUCAGCCAAGAGGACUGCGUGUUCACCCACAGGACGCUGGAGAACGGGUACGACGUGUACCAGUCUCCCAAACACGCCUUCCUGGUGAGCCUGGGCAGGGUCAAGCAAGCUUUUCAGCCCGGCACGAACCCUCCCCCGUACUCCCAGUUCUUGUCCAGGAGGAACGAGAUCCCCCUGUUCCGCUUCAACACCCCCGAGCCGCACAGGAACACGAGGAGCGCGGAGCUGGACCCCGCCGAUCCUCACCAGAUCCUGGGCCCGCACAGGAAGGCCUCGGGGCUGGGCUCUGCCCCGCAGCAGGGAGCAGACCUCCCCCACGAGCCCCGGGAACCCGUGAGGAUCAACCAGAACGACGUGGUGAACCCCGACGACCCCCACGCCAUGCUGGAGGCCCGCAGGUACCCCAGCCCUCGGUUCUACAUCACGGGAUAACGGGGACCCCAUCGCAGAG